UGACUUAAUAAUAACCCUAGUAUAUAAAAUGUGGCGAGAACAAAUGAUUCGCAGAAGUCUUGGAAGGGUGAUAACUGAUACAAGUUUGUUGCGGAAAAUGUCGAGGGUAUCGCUUCUGCUGUUGGUGGCUGUGUGUUCCGUAGCUUUGAGGAAAGUUCAUGCCGAGUCAGAUGAAGAGAAGGAGCUCCACGAAGCGCUGAUCCCCAUCAUCGCGGAAUGCAGCAAGGAGCAUGGAGCUGAUGUGGCGGAAGUUAUGGCCUCCAAGAAGAACAAGGACUACGAAGCCAUCGACGGGUGCCUCAUCGAGUGCGUGUACAAGAAGAUGGGCAUGAUAGAUGACGAAGGCGCGUUUGUCGUGGACAAAUUGGUAGAGAACGCUAAGAAAUUCCUGAAGGAAGCAGAAACUGAAAAAAUUGAGGAGUUUGUUAAACAUUGUUCUGAAGAGAGCGAGAAAAACCCUGAAGAUAAAUGUGGGAAAUCCAAAAUGCUGCUAGCUUGUAUGAUGGAGCAAAAAGAAGCGUUACACUUGUAACAUCUACCCCAGCGACCCGGCUAACGAGAAGAAUGACCUAACAUCCACCAACCCGCUCUGUUGAAAGAUAUAAUUUAAGUUAUAUUUUAUUAUUUUUAUGAAACAUUAUGAUAAUAUAUUUUUAUUGCAAA